AUGGCCUUCAAAUCCAUUUUACCUCCUACACCUACGUUAACAAGACCACUGUCACAAAUAUACGACUCGAAGACACAGAUCCAACUCAACAACCUCAUCACCCGAAACUUCGCUAGUUCCACGAUCCUUCUAACAGGAGCUCUGCUUCAGGGUUUACUGGUCCUGGCUGUGCCUCGAGUAUGGACAUUGCUCCCGACUGUCCUUGUCCUCAUAGCACGCUUUGCAGAUACCUUGGCGAUCACGUUCAAGUUUCGUCCCAAUCCCUAUCUCGAAGACGUCGUUUUCCAGCGAUCGGCACCUGUCAUCCCUGACGAGGACGGCAAUAUGUCCAAUACUCCAGCCGAUCAGAAAGUCGCAGUCUUGCUGCUCUGUGUCAAGCUCAAUCAUCCCUUGGGUUUCUUCUCACCAUACGCCAAAGAGGUUGGCGAUUUUGCAAUGAAGAUGGGUCGUGAUCUGGAUGCUCAGGCACCGAACAAUGGCUUCUUAGGCCAAUCCCAAUGGCAUUCGGUUGACAAAAGAGGCGCAUCAGAGCUCAUGCUGCUGAGCUAUUGGAGAAGUAUUGAUGACGUGCAUAAGUAUUCACAAUCAUCGCUGCAUCUUGAGACGUGGAAAUGGUGGGACCAGACGGCCUACAAGGACAGUGACGGACUGAAGCAUAUUGGUAUUUCGCACGAGGUGUUCGAAGCACCUCGAAGCCGUUGGGAAUCUGUCUCUAUAAACUUUCAGCCUACACGGUUGGGCGCAACAACAUAUUUGAGAAAGGGCGACAAGUUGAUUGGAGGAACAGUGGAUGAUGCAUGGAUUAGUCCAAUAGUCGAGGCCAAGGGCAAGAUGCGUACGAGCAAAGGCAGACUGAACUGGGCAGAUAGCAGCAACGACAAAAGCGGUGCAGGCGAAGAUAGGCAUUGA